AUGGCUUGCUUUGGAUUCCAGAGUCAUGGGGCUCGGCUGGACCUGGCUUCUAGGACCUGGCCCUGUACUGCCCUGUUUUCUCUUCUCUUCAUCCCCGUUUUCUCUAAAGGGGUGCACGUGGCCCAGCCCGCAGUGGUGCUGGCCAGCAGUCGGGGUGUUGCCAGCUUCGUCUGUGAAUAUGGGUCGUCAGGCAAAGCCGCCGAGGUCCGGGUGACGGUGUUGCGGAAGGCAGGCGGCCAGCUGAAUGAAGUCUGCGCUGCGACCUACAUGGUGGAGGAUGAGCUGACCUUCCUGGAGGAUUCCACUUGCACUGGCACCUCCAGUGGGAACAAAGUGAACCUCACCAUCCAAGGGCUGAGGGCCACGGACUCCGGGCUCUACAUCUGCAAGGUGGAGCUCAUGUACCCGCCGCCCUACUAUGUGGGCAUGGGCAAUGGAACCCAAAUUUAUGUCAUUGAUCCAGAACCAUGCCCGGAUUCUGAUUUCCUCCUCUGGAUCCUGGCAGCAGUUAGUUCAGGGUUGUUUUUCUACAGCUUCCUCAUCACAGCUGUUUCUUUGAGCAAAAUGCUAAAGAAAAGAAGCCCUCUUACUACAGGGGUCUAUGUGAAAAUGCCCCCAACAGAGCCAGAAUGUGAAAAGCAAUUUCAGCCUUAUUUCAUUCCCAUCAAUUGA